AUGGAUUCUUCUAUUGUACCUCGAAAACGCCGCUUGAUCAAUGAUUACUUCUCUCCUGCCCAUGCCCCUGUUCGCUCUACUCCCAGCGACAGAAUUGCGCAAGCCCAAGUUUCGGCCUCCUCUGCUGCUGGCCCCAGCACCUCAAAGCGACUGAUGAGAGAUGAGAUCCCUGACUCAGAAGCUUCGGACGGGGAUGGCAUGCCUGAUUUCACCAAAUGGCGCAACCUGGGGUCAUUUAAAUCCCCUCUAAAGAUCCCUGCCGACGAUAUGGUCGGAAAAGCAUUGGAGCCAUAUGAUUCAGUUGCCGAGCUCGAUGAUAGUGACAUUGAGUCUGCUAAAGAGAAGAAAGCCCUCGAGUCCGACCCUGAGUAUUCGGUUAGCGACGAGGAGGAUGAUGAUGACGAUGAAAUCGCCAAUCAGACAGAUCCUUCGCCCGAAAAGGGUGAUUCUUCGCAACUCGACAACUCAGUCGCUGUGUUCUGCUCCUCUGCAGAUUUCAAACGCCCAUUUGCAAAAGACAUCCCUAUUGAUUGUUCUCUGCGAGCGAUGAACCCUUCAUACUGGAAGGCGUUUCGUGAUCUUGAUAUUGACACUUGGCUCGAAAAGUAUCUGAAGGCGAUACCAGAACAGGUGCAAGCCUUGUUUGAAAAGGAAUCAUGGUCAUUUGAUGUUUUAUUCGCUCUUCCAUCGUUCAAGAAAAUCCCAAAACGCCAGGGUGUGUAUGGCAUCUUUUUCCAGUCUGAACAUCACGGACAAGAGAAAGAAAUGGGUUAUGUUGGUGCUGCCCCGACUGGCUUGAAAAAGCGAUUUGAUGCACACAAUGAGACAAUUCGAUAUACCCGGGUAGGAACUGUCCAUUCAUCGAAGAAAGAUAUGUGUCUUUACCGACAUGCCGGCCGCAGUGAGUUUCCAUUUGAAUUCAGCUUCAAAGUGUUGGCUGUCUUUGAUGGAUAUACCGAGCAGAGUUAUGUGUACAUGCUCGAAGGAAUUUUCAUGGUUCUCCUCCGAACGUUUUAUCUUCUAUUUGAAAACAAAACAAACACACAAGCGUCAUUUGACCUUUUUAAUCAGAGCGGUGAACUUCUUCCUGACGCGGAGGCUAUAGCAAAACGCAACCGACGUCGUGAUGAAAAACAAGGAUUGAUCGAUCCAAUUUGUGACGGCUGUCACCGGCCCAAGUCCGAGAUCAUCAAGGACAACAGUCACAACGUCUCCACGCAAGUCUUGAUAAAUUCGCUACACAAAGAUGGUAAACGGUAUUGUAUGUACUGCUACAAUUUUGUGAAGCAAAAUAAAGAGGAGCCUUCUUCAGAAGAGAUAGGAAAGCUCUUUAGGGGUGAGCGGAUUCGUCGUGCUCUCGAAAAAGGCGAAUACAAGGCUUGCCAGAACUGUGGAUUUACUCCCCCACUAAAUCAUUCUGAUGAGUCUGAUGAACAGAAGCUCAAGUAUCACAAACCCACUGAAAAAGUCCUCUGUUUUCGGUGCCGAGAGCAUUACAGUGGGCAUGGCACGCUUCGUGUCCCGUUUGCCGAUGCUGUUCAAGAGAAAAGGCGUCAAAUCAAAGAGGCCGAGAACCGAGGGGAAACCAUCAAAUGCUACUUGUGUCCAAACACUUGCGUAAAGGGAAAAGCAGUGGUUUCACAAUGGGCCGUCGGACCAGUAUGCCAAAGGAGACGAUGCCUAGCCUCUUACAAAGCUGAAAAUGCUCGACUGAAAGCACUUCAUGCAUCAUGA